AUGCGCGCACUUGGCGAAAGCAAGAGCGUUCCUCUCUUCUGCAAUGUCAAAUACGACUUCCACAGAACAUUAACCAACAGCAAGCGCAAUCAACUGGAGAAGAUCCUCAACAGCCAUGGUGCCGAACGCUGCUACCAUGAAGAAGGCGGUCUAUCCUCACAAGAAGCUACAGAGACCACCCAUAUCAUUUCCACGCGUAAAGUCGACGAGCAGGAUGUCCAAAAGGAUAUCUUUGUUGUUACUCCUGCUUGGGUUGAAGCUGCUGAAAAGAAUGGCUUUGUGCAUGAUCCAAAGUACUACAAACCAGAUCCUCAACUCUUUUUCUCGGGCAUGGUUGUGGCUACUGCCAAUCUCUCGACUCAUGAUAACAGCGCCAUCAAAGGUGCCGUGGAACGUUAUGGAGGACAAUAUGCGAAGGAGCUGCUACAUGAUGUCACCCAUGUCAUAGCUAACUCGGAUCAUGGUGACCGCUAUAAAAAGGCUACCAAGCUAGCAAACGUGCAGAUUUUGCAUCCACAGUUCAUCCAUGAUUGCGUCAAAAACGAGCGUUUGGUUCUACCAGAUCGUUAUCUCAUGCCGGAUCCUGUAUGCUUGCGUCAAGAUGACAAGGAGACAAAAUCAAAGGCGUCAGGUGCUGACGGGGACGCGGAUGCUCUUUUUCCACUCCACAACGCUGUCUUUCAGUAUCCCGGUUUCAAUUACAAGGACAACAAAAACUUUUGGCCACGUGAUCUUGAAGUGUCCCAGCCUUAUUUGAAGGGCCAUUGCUUUUACUUCGUUCACGACUAUGACUACCUGGCAUUGAGAACCUUUGACUGGGAAGGUCGACUUAAAAAGGCCGGAGCUGAAAUUGCCAGCAGUUACAACGACAAGGUCACUAUCGUCGUUGUCAAGUAUCGGGAUAGUCCUGAAUACAUCCAAGCAUGCCGAGAUGGGAAGAUGGUGGCUUCAAUGUGGUGGGUCUCGAAUACGCUUAUGCGACAAAGGGUUGAACCUCCUACACGAAGACUAUUGGAUUACCCUAUGCCUCGAGGUGCAAUUCCCGGCAUGGAGAAUAUGGCAAUCGUAAUUUCUGGAUACCGAGGUGUUGCCCGUAACUUUCUACGACAUCUGGUGCAUAGAUGCGGAUGCAAAUUUCAAGCGGUCAUUGAUUCAAGCGUCACGCAUUUAAUUGCAUCAAGCCAUACAUCAAAGUACAGAGAAGCAAGAGAAGCAAAUAUUCCAAUCGUCAACCAUCUAUGGCUAGAAGAUUGCUAUCAGCGUUGGGAGAAGCUUCCUUUAUCCGAUGAACGAUAUACACAUUUCGUUGAUGGAAGGAUCGUCAACAAGUUUGUGGGAGACACCAAGCUUAUACCAAAGGACCUGGAGUGUUGGUGGAAGGAAGGAUUGAGCAAGCCAGCAGAAGUAAUGAAGACAAGAGAGAAGGUGCCAUCAUCAUCCAAAGAGCAGCAACCAUCCAAAACAGCAACACCAUCACCACCACCUCCAUCAACAACAACAAUCACUCAACCACGACAAGCUGCACGGAAAGCAGCAUCCAAGCUUGAAGAUGUUUUUAUCCCCGACAUGAACAAGUAUCAAAAAGAAGUCCGGAGUGGCUAUUCGAUGGUAGGAGAGGAGAUGCCAGAUGAACCAAGCAAAGGAAAGGAUGUCAAGCGAGAGGAUGAUACCAUGAUGGAUAUUGAUGACAACAAGGCAACUGGAUCAAAACGGACCUUGGAGCAUGAAUCGCCUGAGCCACGCAGCAAUGAGAGCAUGCCAUCAUCCAAAACCAUCAAAAUCGUCACCAGUAGUAUCAACCUUGACAGACGUGAAAAGAAUGGGAUCUUGGAUCUUGGAGGUCAAAUGGUGGAGAAUGUCACGCAAGCAACGCAUUUAUUGGUUGAAAAGGCUCUGCGUACGCCCAAAUUCCUGUGUGCGGUCAACCUGGGAUUGAAGAUUGUACACCACAAAUGGCUACGGCAAAGUAUUGAGGAACAGAAAUGGUUGGAUGCGAGUGACUUUGCUGUUCAAGACAAAGCGAUGGAGAAAAAGUACGACUUCAAUCUCGAGGAGAGUCUAUCCAUAGCCCAAGAAAGGGUGGUGCCAGGCAAGCAUCCACAUGGUACUUGGUUAUCCACCUUUGAAGUCUACGUGUUACAAUCCAACAAGGCAGAGGCGCUCAAAGGCGUCAUUGAGACAGCAGGAGGAAAGCUGAUUACGAAGCUUCCAGCAAGGCGACUCAAGGAACUCUUGCAACCCGAUUCUGAAAACCAGCUGCUGGUAGUAUCUGAUCCUGAGGACAAGAGCAAGUGGGGUGAUUACACCAAGCAAUCCAUCCCGAUCUAUAGCGUAGAAUUGAUUAUUGUGGGGGCAUUGAGACAAAAGUUGGAUGUGGAUGAGUUCCGUCUAGAAUAA